UGUUCUUUUGGCUUGACUGCGCUCCUGUCUUCUGUAUUUCUUCUUUUCUCGGAGUCUGCAGCUCUCGAUCUCACAAAAGUGGACUCUGUUUCUGCAACCAUCUUAACCAAUCGUAAAUAGGCGUACUGGAUCUUGUCUUGAUGACGGGAGAUUCGGACCACUGUGCAAAGUCUUCUCCAGCACAUCCCAAAGAUUCUCCAUCGGGUUCAGGUCUGGACUCUGUGGGGGCCAAUCCAUGUGUGAAAAUGAUGUCUCACGCUCCCUGAACCACUCUUUCACAAUCUGAGCCCGAUGGAUCCUGGCAUCGUCAUCUUGGAACAUGCCCGUGCCAUCAGGGAAGAAAGAAUCCAUGGAUGGAAUAACCUGGUCCUUCAGUAUAUUCAGGUCUCCUCUGGGUUUUGGUUGUAUGUGUACCUGUGAUGGUUUUGGGAGGACAUUCAGUUUGAUGGAAACUUAAAGAAGAAGGGAGGAGAGUUCAGGGUGGGUUGUGUUUUGGGAGGACGGACUUCAUCAUUUAGAGAAGUGAACAGUUCCUGCUUUGUCAGUGAAUACGGAAGACAGCAGCUUUAAAUCAUCAGAGCCUCAUACAUGGACGUCCGCCGUUCUUUGAUCUGCUUCUUCUUCCUCACGCUGCGGGAUGGAAACAGUGGUCUCAUCAACGCAGAAAACCUCAACCGUACAGGAACUGAAGGAGGAGACAUCACAGUUGGAUGCUCCUUUUCUUUCUCUGGAUAUAGGAGGCUCUUCUGUAAGGGAAGAUGUGAAGAAGGAAACAUUCUGGUUGAAACGACCGAUGACACAGCUCAGAGAGGCAGAUACAGCAUCAGAUAUGAGGAAGGAUUUUAUCCAGCAUAUUCUACAAUUCUGUAUGUGAGCAUCACAAAGCUGACCAAGUCUGAUGAAGGAGGGUACCGAUGUGGUCUGGACAGAUCUCUACCUGCCUCUGACUCACACAAGGACUUUAGGAUCACAGUUAAAGAAGCUCCAACCUCUUCAAAACCAGAAGUGACUCCCCGACCGUUUUCAACAUCAGCACCAUCAACUUCCACCCUGACCACGACUCAGAGUCUGAGCUCCACACCUUCAUCAGCCUCCCCUGAACGCACCACGCCGCCUCACCAGGGAACGACAGCUCCAGCUGCUGGUCACGGUGUGGUGCUGUACGUCGGUGGGAUUCUGCUCGUCAUGUUCAUCAUACUAUCGGUUACGUUGCUGAUAUUCUGCAGGAAGAGGGCCAGGAAAGAACCCCCCUUGGGAAUUGAUAAUGGGACUGAUACAGAGGCCAAUCAACAGUAUGAGGAGAUCAGAGAGGAGGGUCGAAGGAGCAGAUCUCCUCCUGUAGAACUGUCAACCGUUUACUCCUACGCCAAUUACAAACCAAAUGGAGAGGAAUCCACAGACGAGUACAGCUUAGUCACUGCAGCCAAAACUGAAGAUGACGAGGGUAAUCUCGAGUACUCGGAGGUGGAUUUUUCCAACAAUGCCGCCUCGCUCCACAGCGCCCUCAGUGGUCACACAGAUAACGUCCUCUACGCUGUUCAUCGGGCAGCAGACGCUUCACCCCCGCUGUACUCCACUGUUUCUAUGUAGCUUCAAACCCGUUCAUGUGAAUUUUGGGGAUGACGGACAGAUGAAAACAAAUCAUUUAAAUUAUUAAUUUAAAAUGUAAUCUGGUUUAAUAAUUUAAAGGUGCCAUAGAAAGCAUCUAUCAGGUAUUUUAAAUGGUUCUCUGAUGUCUACAAAGAAGGUAUAUACAUUUGGUUGAUCCAAAAAAUGUCCAGAUGUGGUUUUACAGGCUCAUUUACAGCCCUAUGAUUUGGUCCUAGAAUGAAACAAGCUGAAUGGCCUUAUUUGGGGGCUCAUUUAAAUAAUGAUGACGAGCUCUGCUCUGAUUGGCUGGUUUACAAGGAGCAGUCCAUGGCUGCCUCAGAGCACACAGAAGUAAAUGAAGUUCGCAAAACUGUGAGAGAUGAACCAUCGAGGCUAUUGGCAUCCAACCUUACAUGUUUGAGCCUUUAUCGGAGGAGGAAACCGAGGAUUUGAAGAACAGCCAGUUGGUCGGAGAUUGGAGAGCAACGGUACGGAGUGGUAAGUGUUAGCAUUAGUGUUUCCAGCAGCUGGUGUAUGCAAAUGUUGGGGCUGGACUACCGUGUGUGACGUAACACACAUGGAUUGUUGUAGUUCGCCCGUUUUACCGCUGUGAUUUGCAAAUUCAUGAUUUGCACGUGAAGGAGGAAACAAUGGUGUUUGAGGUUCACGGUAUUUCAGUUCAAUGUACCGAACUCUCCUUAUUCAACUAUGCCAAGGUAAACACAGUUUUCCAUUCUAUGGCACCUUAAAAAGAACCAACGUUUUUUAGAGUUUAGUUUUUAGAUUAUGUUUGAAAAUAUACUGCCAACCUGCGGUGAACAAAGUGAAUCUAUUUAUUAUUAAAAAUGUUAAAAGUAUCAGAUAUUUUUAUGGGUUUUCCUGCAUCUGAAGAAAUGUGUAUAUUUUUGUUACUGCAGUUAAAUGUUGUAUUUAUUCUGUGUUUUUUUUAACUAUAUUUAAUGUGUUUAGUUGAUAGCUCCGAACAUUUGGAGAGCUGUCAGAUUUCAAAUUCCUGGUAAAUUUGUAUUUCUAAUCAUUUGGUAUGCUUCAUAUUAUAUUUUGCUGCUGUAACGGAAAACAUGUUCCAGUUUGGGAUGAAUAAAGUAUCUCUGAUUCUGA